GCGAUAGCAGCAGGCUACACAAACCUGUUACAAUCUUACUCCAAUAAUACACGAGUGUUAUUCUUCUUCGAACGCCAACAGAGAACUUUGUCGCACCGACUGCUUUUCUGCUCAUACCCAACCGGAGAGGAGGUAAAAACGAGGGACUAAUUCCAAAAAGAAGAAAAGCGGCCUAUUUUUGUUCCUGAUAUCCUGGUGCCGCCGGUGCAAGCUCGCGCGGCCGGCGUAAAUAUACUCCGGCGUUUAUUUGACUACUUCAACAAAUAUUUCCAUACUCUCUUUCCAUUCUCCACUACCUCUUCCAGUUUGCCCCCUCUUGUUAGUUAUCCUGCGCUAACUGGCUUUAGCUCAGUGCGCUAGUGGGGGCCAAGGCGGCCUGUUUUGUUUUCGCAGCGUAGCCGCCAUGAACCGCGGACAACAACAGAAUCAGCGUGCUGCUUGCUGACUAUCACUGCCUACGUGCCACGAAUAUGCAGGCCAGGAGGAGAGGAGCCGACUUUAGCUAAAAAUCUGAGGAAGAUGCGAUUAAGGAAGGAAUGCGGGAGAAUAAAAUAAUAAGAUUUUACUAUUAACGUUAGCAAAGCAGCUCUGUUUGAAUUUGGUACGAAGGUGCCUAACAGUGGAUAAUUGGAGGCCGGAGUUGGAGAAAGAGCGCCACCACACCAGUGACUGUAUUGUUGUUGAAUUAUAUCUCAACCAGCGAGUGUUGCUCGGCCAACGGAUUGUGUGAAAGACAAGUGAACGGGCUUUGAUAAAUUAAUUUGCUCGAGAUUUAUUUUUAUGUAUGCACUUAAUGGGAUUUACAGUUUUAUUUUUAUGCCAUGAUGAUCAUUUGGGCAUAUUUCGUGCCGUGGAAAAGAGGAAAACGCUAAAGAUGGAUUGGUUGUGAUUAUGAAUACAGUAAUGUUCUACCCGUACUACCACGAACAUAGACUUCAUACCUGUGUGUUUGUAACUGUGAUUUGCAGCUAACUUACCUGCUAGCUGUAUCACACAUACAUUUACCUAUUUGGUGUAUAGACUAUCUUACCAGCACUAUUUUGGCGAUAAAGCUAAGUUAGGUUAGCUAGUUAGCACCGUUAGUAGUUAGCUAGCUACAUCGCCCAUCUAUGCCCUCCACACAGCUCCCAUCCUCCUUUGGGCAAUAAUAGAACGGACGGGAAGGGAGUUGCGAGGCGCUUCCCCUUUUAACGGGAGCCACGGGACUUUCGCCGGAGGAACUGUGUGUUUGUUCGUUUGUGUUUUUCUUUUUUUCUCGGACUGGAUGUUUCCGUCCCUUGGCUGUUGAGAUGAACCCGGUGAAUGCCACCACUCUGUACGUGUCUGCGUGUCGUUCUGUGCUGCAGUGCGACCCUCGCGACCCCCGGGCCCUGGCGGAGCUCUACAAGCUGCUCCCCUUCUUCCGCCAGUCGCUGUCCUGCCUCGUGUGUGGUAAGUGCAUCGGUAUUAUUAUUAUUUUAAGGGAAGCGGUACCCAUGUAGUUAUCCAGCUAGCUGCUAUACCUAACUAGCCUAGCUGUGUCUCCCGCAAUGGUACACACAAAUGGUACACCAGUCAUUGUGACACACCCCCAUUCCCAUUGGAUGUCGGAGCAACUAGUUAGCGGAUGGCGUGGAUCUGUCUACUUAAACUAACUAGGCUAACUACUGCGCGUCUCCCUACGAUCCAUUUCAAUGUAUUCCAUAGCUUCACACUGAUCCAGUCUUAGACUGGCUAAUUUGACCGGAUCGCUUGAAUAAAAUCAAACUUGCAUGAGUUACUGCACUGGUUAGCAACAUUUCCCCAUUCAUCAUAGCUAACGUCAUAGCAUUAACGUUAACCACAUCCAGCUAGCUAACCUCCCUGCUCCACCCCAUACGUAACUAAAUCACUGUCGGACAGGUGCAUGUAUUUGCACAUCCAGAACAGAAGGGAGUGUUUGUCAGAUAUUUAUUAAUUCAUUCAACGUCCAUUGUUCUGUGAUGCCCUCGUGACUGUCCGUGGGGGGCAUGUUUGUGUUGUGAGAUGGUGCGUGCGCAGUCUUUAAAAAUGCAUUUCGAGCCGAGCCCCUUCCUGAGCAGGAAGAAAGCUGAGCCGAGCAGCCGCCAGAGAUCAGUGAAGAAUACUACUGGUUUGUCAUCCUGUUCUUUUCUUUUUAGGGAACUGUUGCCUAAUCACACAUAUAUCCUUCCCCGUCACUGUUACAAAUGAUUAAUGAGUAUAAAAGAGGUUAAUUCAAUGGGGUGACGUUUUUACUCUGUUUAAAAAUAAAGUGAAAUAUACCUCCAGCCUUCACACACAAUGUUUAAUUUGACAGAUGCAUAGUAGUACACGUGCUUUGUUAUAUGUGGGUAGGCAGUUCCAUUUGGCAUUUUAAUUAAUCGUUUUCAAUUUCGAUUAUGACUGAAGUCGGAACUGCAGCCACUUUAGUGUUUGUGUGACGGGUAGAGCAUGCAUCCUACAUGGUCUAUAUCUAAGGCGUUUUUGUUGUCGUUUCUAAAUGGAACUCCCUUCAUCCAUCCAUCUGCAGCGCGAGCCCGCUCUCUCAGCUGCCAUCCCUAACGACGACCGUUGCUAAGGAAGCUGCUCUCAAAGCACAGCGGUCAUCAAGCCUUGCAGAGGCAAUCAGUGUUGAGCUGCCUCUUUGAAUAUAACCGUUUAUAAACGGUUGAAAUAAGCAUUUAACAUAAUAUGAACCCUCUUCACUUCCUACCUGGACCAUGUUCUACUAUUUAUAUGACAAAGUGGUUUAUUUAAAACCAAUGUCGUUGACUUAAUUGAUAUGCUGUUGCUUUUGUGUUGUGCUCACUGCAUUAGUUGAAUAUUCAGAGCGGAACAGCAAUUGAAUGAAUCACUUCUAUAUAUAGCCCACCUCCGUAGUACUCUAUCAUCAGUCCACCGCUAAGCUUCAUGUCAUCGACUCGUUAUUAAUAAUAAUUAUGGCUCCUGUUUAUGAUUUAUUGUGUUAUGUUGUAUGGACAAUUAUAAUUCUGCCGUUGGAGUGAUUUCUAUCUCAGUGGUUCUCACCCAGUUGAAUAAAGGAUAAAUAAAUGUUGUUUGUCUUACCAUAAAUGACUGAAAAUGAUUCUCUUCUCUCCAGGUAAUCUACUGCAGGACCCCAUAGCGCCCACUAACUCCCAGUGCCAGCACUAUGUGUGUCGGGGCUGUAAGGGCCAGAGGAUGCUGCUUAAGCCGUCCUGUUCCUGGUGUAAAGACUACUCCCGCUUCCAGGAGAACAGACAGCUCUCCUUAUUGGUCCACUGCUACAGGAAGCUCUGCCUCUACAUCGCCCAAUCACCUCUCGCCCCGCACAUUGCUAGCGCAGCCAGUGAUUCGCCCGACCUCCUCGCCAUUCUUAAUGAGGGCCUGUCAUUGGUCGAAAGCGAGCAGGAAGGGGAGGACACUACGGAUUUGGCGAGCCAGUCGUCGCCGACGGCCCCCUCAACGUCUGACCUCAGACCUAAUGAGGCUCCGCCUGCAGAGGAGAGCCAGGAGGAGGGGCUUAGCCCUGUGGGCGGGGUUAAUGGGCUGCAUGACUGUAAUGGCCUGGCCAAUCAGGACGUGCCACCACCUAUUACCUUAGCUACAGGGGGAGGUGUUCUGAAGCAGGAGAGCUUGGGGGAGGAGCUACUUGCGUGUGUUGGCGUGGUAGGUAGUGGGGAGGCGGGACUUUGUGACAUUGGCACAUUUGGGGAGGAGCUUAAUAAACAUGGCGGAGGUCCGUUGUUGAGCGUGGAUGAGGUUCUUAGGACCUUAGAGCCAGAACCCAACCCUGAACCACUUGACCCCCAGUCAGACAAUCCCUUUGUACCCCCCCACAACGGAUCUUACUGCCCUCCUACCCCUGACUCCCCUUGCCUCACCCCCUCCCUCCCCCCAGAGAACAUCACUAGACUUCCGCUGCCUCCCCGCCAGCCCACCCCUGCUCUCCCCCGCCUACCCCCUCACUGCCACCGCAAGCGUUCACGCUCUGAAAGCGACAGUGAGAAGGUGCAGCCCCUCCCCAUCGCCACCAUCCUCAGAGGCCCACCCCUGGGUGCCACCAACCCCCCUCACCUCCCAAACCCAGCCGCCACUGUCAAACGGGAGCCCAAACUCCCCUCCGCCAUCACCCCGCCUCACCUGGCGCCCGUGCCCAACGGAGGGCCUCCCAAGGUGGGCAAGACAAUGCUGGUGUCGUCCAAAGGCCUGAAGAAGAGUCUGGAGCACCACGGGUGCCCUAAGAAGGCCUACACCAAGGCCAGGCAGGGAGUCCCCAAACCCCGCGCCCAGCCCCGUGACCGCCUUCCCCCCCACGGCCAUGCUCACCCUCUCUCUCACCCACCCAGCCCAUCCAAGCCCCUGUACAAGAAGCCGGUGGAGAAGAAGGGCUGUAAGUGUGGAAGAGCCACUCAGAACCCCUCUGUUCUCACCUGCAGAGGGCAGCGCUGCCCCUGCUACUCCAACCGCAAGGUGAGUUACUAUAGAUUUGCAAUGGCUUGGUCUGAGAUCAGUGUUCCCCUAUCCCCAUGUAGUUCACUGAUUGUAAAUAAUAUUAAUAUUCCUCCAAGGCAUGUCUGGACUGUAUCUGCCGUGGCUGCCAGAACUCCUACAUGGCAAACGGGGAGAAGAAGCUGGAGGCGUUUGCGGUUCCAGAGAAGGCUCUAGAACAGACGCGGCUCACGCUCGGCAUCAACCUCACCUCCAUCACAGCUGCAGCCCUGCGUAGCCCGGCAACCAGCAACACCCAGCACGGCAACCAGCUCAUCACCACGGCAACGGGAGCGACGGGGGUGUCCUUCCUGUCCGGGGUAGGGGCAGGACAUGAGGACAGGGGGUUUGAUGAUUCGCUGGACAUGAGGUUCGACUGUUGAAGACCCGCCCUCCUUGGAUAUUAUUGACCAGUGGGCUGUGCAGAGGGGCCUGGAGGGGCAGGGUUGAGGAUAAGGCAGCUACUGUGACAGGCGGGAGAGGGAGUGUGACUCAAGACACAUACACACUCUCCAUACAGCGCCUGGGACAUGCUUUUGGUCUUACAUACUGAUGAUAGAGAUGGAUGGAAGAGGGAUAUCGUUACUGUAUGGUCAGAGAUUUUUAUUUUGUGAGGGUUAGAAGUUUUGUUUUGUACUAUCAGUGAUGUGUUGGCCUGCGAUGGGCUCAUUACUCUGUGUGUCAGAGGGAGGGGUGGUUCAAAGAUAAUUGAAUGUCCCAAAUAGCACCCUAUACCCUAGAUAGUGCACUUCUUUUGGCCAGGGCCUCAGUACACUAGAUCGGGGAUAGGGUGCCUUUUGACAGGCCUGUUGGCAGGACCCAGCCACAGACCGACAUCAGUAGACUGACUGUAAUUUAUGAACUUUUGUUUUUGUACACAGAACUUAUCAAAUUCCAUUUAAGAGGAUGUUUUAUGAUAUAUUUUAUAAGUUACAUUAACAAACAUUUGCAGUAUUUAUUGGAUGUCACCUAACCUAGGUAGCGGUGGGCCACACCCACUCCAGCUGUCAGCCUAUCAAAUCCUGUGUGGGCGGUUCUGUCUAAAUGAUGUCUCUGUCCUAUUAGUGCUAGUUUCUGCUGUCUCCAACUGUCGUUUUGUUUCCCUCGGGCAUUAAAAACCUGUAUUAUACGUGUAACAUAUUUCCAC